AUCACCACUCCACAGCAACAACAAACAACCACCAUCGUCAUCAUCAACAACCACCCAAAAUGACAUCCCCAUCCACACCUACCCAUCCCCAAACAAUGCAAGCCUGGCUCUACAGCACCACGCACCCAACCCUGGAACAAAACCUCACCCUCACACCUAGCGCCCCUACCCCCUCAGCGCCCAAAAACACCCAACUCCUCAUCCGCGUUCACACCUGCGCCCUCAACCCAGCCGACUACAAAGUCCCCGCCAUGCCCGUGAUAUCAACCCUUCUGAUCCGCAAACCCGCCAGCCCAUGCCUCGACUUCGCCGGCGAAAUCGUCUCCACGGGCCCGAGCGUCCCCUCCACCCUCACCCCGGGCAAACUCGUCUACGGCACGCUCCCCCUUCCGACACAGUUCGGUCCGCUGGCUGAAUACGUUCUCGCUGAAGCCGAGCACGUACAGAUAGUCCCCGAGGGGGUGGAGGUCGAUCAUGCCGCGACGGUGGGAGUAGCGGGGCAGACGGCGUGGCAGGCCAUCGCGCCGUAUGUGACACCGGGGGCAGGGGAUAAGGUAUUGAUUGUGGGAGCGUCGGGUGGGUGUGGUAUCUACGGGGUGCAGAUCGCGAAGGCGCUGGGGUGUGAGGUGACGGCCGUGUGUUCGGGGAAGAAUGUGGAGUUUGUGAAGGGGUUGGGGGCGGAUGAGGUGAUUGAUUAUACGGUGGAGAAUGUGGUGGAGGUCGUGAAGGCGAAGGGGAGGGUGUUUAGGUUGGUGGUGGAUCAUGUGGGGGAGCCGUGGGAGUUGUAUCGCGAGAGUGACAAGUUCAUGGUCUCUGGGGGUGUGUUUACCCAGGUUGGGGCGAACUGGAUGCCUACGUUUGCGGUGAGGUUUAUUCGGCCCGGGUUUUUGGGUGGGGGGAGGAUGAAGUAUGUGCCGAUUUUUUGGAAGAGUAAUAAGAAGGAUUUGACCAAGGUGGGGGAGUUGAUUGGCGAGGGGAAGGUGAAGGUGGUGUUGGAUAGUGUGUUUGGGUUUGAGGAUGCGCCGAAGGCGUUUGAGAAGCUGCGCGGGGGAAGGGCGAGGGGGAAGGUUGUGGUCCGUGUGGUGGAGAGGUCGUGAGGGGGGUGGGGAUAGUGUGGGGAUGAAUGGUGUGGGUUGUUUGGCAUUUAUCUCAUGGCGUCGUG